UAAUUAUUUUUUAGCUCAUCAAAUUUACAAUCUUUAAAAAAGAGAAAAAGAAAAAACUCUCGUAUAAAACCCCAGCUGGAAAGCCUGAAACAGUCUGCAUUAAUUCCUUCUCCAUUAAUAAGAUCGUAACUUACAGAGACCUAAACGUGCACCAGUUAGUUACUCACAGAGACCAGACCACAUGCAGGAAGAAGAAUUUUUCUGCCCUAGCUUUAGCUGCUAUUCCUCAAAUAGAGCGGCGGAGAUUGCCGCUAAAAUCUCCGAUGAAAUUAAACGCGAUUCUAAGGUGGCGGAGCAGGCGGAGGUGGAAGCGAACGUUGGCGAGGAUGAUUUUGAAUUCUCUUUGGUAUGUGAAAAUCCAGAAGCUUCGGUUGGGGAAUUCUUAUACGACCGUCAAAUCCAGCCUGUUUUCCCCGUUUUCAAUCGCGAUCUGUUACUAAACGGCGUUUCUUAUGACGUAGAUCACAAAGCCGGCGAAACGUCGGAAAAUGCCAAUAGUUCAAUCCAGGUUUCGUUAAAGGAUUUGUUUUUAGAAGAUCGCGAACCGCCGUCGUCUUCGUCAUCGGAAGUCGAUGAGUUGGAAAGUGUACCUCCGGGAACCUACUGUGUAUGGAAGCCGAAGUUAAGCGAGCCUUCACCGAGCAGAUGUAAGAAGAGUAAUUCAACAGGAUCGGCGUUUAAGCGGUGGAGUAUUCGAGAUUUGAUGCGUCGGAGUAAUAGCGACGGUAAGGAUAGUUUUGUAUUUUUAACGCCGGGAAAAGGAACGAAAAACGAAACUUCAAAAGCAAAGAACUCUGCUGAGGUAUCGAAAGCCGCCGGAAAAUCAAAAAAGGGGAGUAGUAACGUUGGAGAGAAGGCUUCUUCGCCGGCGGCUGUUUAUUUACGGAACCAAGCGGCGGCAAAGGAAAUGGAUAAGAAUAAGAGGAAAUCAUACUUACCGUACCGGCAAGAUCUGGUAGGUAUUUUCGCAAAUGUUAACAGUUUAGGUAGAACUUUUCCACCUUUCUAGCAAACUCUAUUUACUCCUUCAAUUAAUUAAUUAUGUGUAUGUGAAUAUAUCUUAAUUAAAUGAAGAGCAUGUGCUGCUAUUCUGAUCGAUUUA